UCGAAGUGGAAAACGAGUUGAGUUUUCGUGGUGGUAAAGUUGGAGUUGGAGGAAGGUCGAGCAGCAUGGCUGCAUAAAAUAAAGAGGAACCGCAGGAACCGGAGGAACCGGAGGAGGGGAGAGAAUCUGAAAGAGGCGCCCGCGCUGAAAGAUGGCGCAGCAGGAGGAGCCUCUGUACGACUUCCCGGAGCCGAACCAGGCGUCGCAGCAUAAACACCAGCGAGGACGAGCGUCUCUGAGGAGCAUCAGCGUCCUGGACCGUCUCCUCCUCACCGUCCCCGUCUGGCUCCAGCUGUCAAUCAACCCGGCCACCGCACUGCACAUCCUGCAGAGGGAGCCCCCCGGGACGUUCCUGGUGAGAAAGUCUCGGACGUCCCAGAGAAACGUCCUGUGUGUGCGUUUGGCCGACGACAGCGUCCCGUCCUUCGUUCAGCAGUUCGGCAUCAUGGAGGUUCACUCCACUCUGUCUCUGGAGACGUCCGCCAUCAGUUUUCCAGAUCUGCCCAGACUCAUUUCCUUUUACUGUGUCAGCAGGGACGUGUUGCCGUUCCCUCUGGAGCUUCCUGAAGCCAUCGCCAAGGCAACGUCGCACAAAGAGCUGGAGUCCAUCUCACACAUGGGAGUAGAAUUCUGGAGUUCACACCUGAACGUCCGUGGGCCGCGGGAGGCGCUGAAGCCCAGAAAGAAGGACGAGGAGAAGAAACCUGACGCUGCGACGACGACGACAUCGACGACGACGACGACGUCUGCUCCUGCACCACAGCCGAGCUCGGACUCCGACCCGGCGGGUUCGAAUCCCACCCUGUUCCACCAGUUCUGCCCGAUCACGACCCGCAGCCCCAGAGAACUGGACUGUGGUUCGGGUCUGGGCGCGCUCUGCUUCAUCAACCCGCUCUUCCUGCAGUCCGAGACCAGCCUGUCCAGGAGGCGCAUGUUCAAGCGCAGCGUCAAGGUCCGGGUCUCCACCGAGACCUCCACCCUGCUGUCGCCCCCCCUCGCCCCCCCGCCCCCUCCCCCCCUCAUGCCCAAAACCAAGACCAGAUGUAAGGCCAAGAAGGGGGCGGGGCCACCCAGUGAUCCGGCCGCUGAAGACACCCAGACCCAGACCCAGACCGAGAUCCAGACCCAGACCCAGACCCAGACCCAGACUGAGGACACUCUCAAUGUACCGUGUCCAUCAGCACCUCCUCCUUUCCACCCUGAGCUGCAGGAGCAGGAGCAACCAGGAGGAGGAGUCGGAGGAGGAGAAGCUCCGUCUCUGCCGACACUCAUGGAGCAUCUCCCUGAGGACUCGGACUACAUGACGCCCUCCCCACUCAUCAGGUCUCAUUCCCCCUUACUGUCCCCCUACCUGUCCCCAUCUCUGCCUCCCCCCCUCGCCCCCAAACUGUCUCCUCGUGACUCCUCCCCCAGUGGUUCUCCCUCCCUCUCUCCUUACCAGUCGCCGUCUUUGUCUCCCAAGGUUCCUCGUUCUCUUUCUUUGCUCUUCUCCGACUCACCCAGGCUUUCUCCCUCCUUUUCUCCUCACCCGUCCUGGUCUCCGUCCCCCAGAGUCCCCUUCUCCCUGUCCCCCUUCACCUCCCCGUCCUUCUCUCAGCUGGCUGAACAGGCCUGCACCUGUACGCUGGCUCCUCCUUCCGGGUCAGAGAGUGACACUGAGGAGGAGGAGGAGGAGGAGGAGGAGGAGGAGGAGGAGGAAGAGGAGGCUGAUCUGGUUUUACUGAAUCCUGAAUCUGUAAAAGACACUGAGAGCUGCAGCUCAGAGGAGACAGCAGACGAACCUCAAACCUAA